AUGGGCAGGGCAGAAAGUCCUCGUGGAUACCGCCUCGCAGGAGACGAGGGUCUGAGCGGACAAGGUGUAAAGGAAAGUUCUGCGGAUACUGCCCUAGGAAGGGGUCUGCAUGGGCAGAACAAAAGAGAAAGUCGCUGGGUGAAUGACUUUGAUGACAAACUGCUUUUUACUUGCCCCACAUUUGAAACAAUUGAUUCAAUUUCCAGUCAGCAUCACAAUUAUUAUGAGGAUCGUCAGUGGGAUUUCCAGUGCCGGAGGACAUUCAGUGAGCUGCCAUCUUGUGCAUGGAGCAACUACGUGAAUACCUUUGAUGAAGAAUUCACCUUCACCUGCCCAUUUGACUCCAUUAUUAGUGGUAUAGAAUCUUACCACCACAACCACCAUGAGGAUAGGAGAUGGAAAUUUUACUGCUGCCGCGUUAACAACGUCUGCAGCCAAAACUGUUCCUGGACAAACUAUGUCAACCUUUUUGACCAGUACUUCAGCUGGCAAGUUCCUGAAUCCAGUUACCUUGUGGGUGCUUCCAGCUACCACAAUAACUAUCAUGAGGAUCGUCGAUGGAAGUACCAAUAUUGUGAGCAACAAAAAUGCUAAUUUAAUGAGGGAUUGUCAGCAAAAUGUUACCGAUGUUCAGAUGAUUUUCUCUCAGAUAUACAGUGUACUUUGAAAAUUAGAUAAUAAAU